CAACAGCAACAGCAACAGUCUCAUGGCCAAGGGCCAAAUGUUAAUACUCCCAAUGCCAUUAACCCAUUGUUGGCCAUAAUUAACGGAGGAAACAACAACAAUGUCUCGUCCAACAACAACCAAGGUGUUAACAUGCAACAGAUGCAACAGAUGCAACAAUUGCACCAGUUACAACAACAACCUCAACAACAGCCUCAAGCUCCUUACCAACAGCAGCAACAGUUCCAAAACCAAAUUCACCCUAUUCAGCAGUUGCAGCAGCUCCAAGCCCAUGCUCCAAUCCCACAGCCUACUCACCAAGUACCCAUUAUUCGUGAAGUUUGGAGUAAUAACUUGGAACAUGAAUUUCAUGCUUUAAGGGCGUUUGCUAACGACAAGGUCAACUCUGUGUAUAUCUCCAUACACCAAGAAAUCCCUGGGAUAGUUUCGAGGCCCGUGGGAUCCUUUAAAUCCCAAGCGGAUUAUCAUUUUCAAACGUUAAGAUCAAAUGCUGACUUAUUGAAUUUGAUUCAGUUAUCAUUAUGCGUGGUAAAGGUUAACAAAAACAAUGAAUUCAGUAACUCCAUCAUUUGGCAGUUCAACUUCUUAUACGACAUAUCGAAAGAAAUGUUCAACGAAGAACACUUGUCAAUGUUGGCGCAGAAUUCUCAAAUAAACUUCCAAUUGGCAAUGACCGAAGGUAUUCACCAUUUCAAUUUUGCCGAAUUGAUGCUUGAGAGUGGGUUACUUUUAGACAAAACCAUCCACUGGGUGAGCUUCCAUGGUGGUUAUGACCUUGGAUACUUUGUUAGCUUAUUGAAGAACGACGCUUUACCAAUCAAUGAAGAAGAUUUCCACUGGUACUGCAACAAAUACUUUCCUAACUUCAUAGACUUGAAGUUAAUUGGAAGCCAGUUGUUGAACAAGUCUUCUACACCUGAUGGUAAAGCAUCUAAACCUUCCAUUGAAUACUUGGCAGAAGAGUUACAUUUAUUACCUAUAUCUCCGGUAGUACGCCAAUUUUUCUCCAGCACCUCAAACAACCAAAGUAACCAACAAUUGACCUCGACAUUACAUGCCUAUUUGAUCAUGGAAUGCUUUAAAGAGUUGUUGAGACAAUCUGGAUUCGACUUCAUCUUAUUCUCCAAGUUUUCAGGGUUGAUCUGGGGAUUGAAUAUGGGUGAGAAUGGCCCUAGUGUUGGAAAUGGUUCAGGACCAUCUACUCCAGGGACAACAGUUAAGUCUGGAGUGGUUCACUUUGGAAGACCCUUCUAACAAGCAAUGUAUAGUAAUAAUGCAUUAAUGUAUAUUAUAAAUAUCUUUAAAAACGCCAUGGAGAAAAUUCCGUGCUUAAUCUUUGAUUCCUUCCCAGUCUUGCUCUUCCUUACCUUCCACUUGGUCAUCGUCAUCACUAUCAUUAUUGGGUUUUUGUUUCUUGUAUUCAUCCAUAUCUUGCUGAAGAGCCUUCUCUUCUCUUUCAGCUCUCUUUCUCUUGAUUCCGGCUCUCUUAUCUUCACCUUCUCUAAUUUCUUCGUCUUGAGGUGGGGCAGUAAACCAAGGAAUCUUCCCUCUGUUGAAAUCAUUCAAAACUUGUUUGGCAACUCCAUGUUCGUCAGGUUCACCACCCUUUAAUAACUUACCAUGCUUUCUAGCAAUCAACUCAAUAAACUCAGCACUGGCUUCUUCCAAUAAAGAAGCGUCUUCCUCAAACUUCUUCCAGCCCUUUAUUUCAUAGGUUCUUUCUAAAUGCUUUCUUUCACACUUGUUUAACAAGUCAGGAAUAUAUUGCUCUGGAUUGGAAACAUGUUCAACUCUCACAACACCUCUGAACAAGAUAUCAGACGAAGAAUCUUUUGAAGAAGGUGGUACAAUACCAGGACAAUCAAUUAAAAAGAUUUUCUUCAUCAAUGUGAUAUACUGCCACACCUUGGUUUCACCAGGAAUAGGAGCCACUUGACAAACCUUCUUACGACGCAAAGUGUUGAUGAUUGAAGACUUUCCAGUAUUAGGGUAUCCGAUGAAACCAACUGAAAUCUGCUUACGGUCUGCAUGCAAAGUGGAAAAUUGACGUAAUAAUUGGAUCAAAGACCCCUUACCAAACGAGUUGGUAAUGGAAGCAUGAAAUGCUAAAGUUGGAUAGGUUUUGGAUAAAUGUUUAACCCACGCAGCAGCAAUCCACGUUGGAACCAAGUCACACUUGUUCAACACAUAGAUCAAAUGCUUAUGAGGACAUUCAUCUUUCAUAUACUUUUCAACAGAUUCACACCUUGUUCCUAAAGGAU